AUGACAGCGACAUUCCCCCUUGAAUACCAUACAAAGUCCAGAAUAUGGGUCAGCAUCUCUCACUUUCUUGAUUACGCUGCUGUCACCGUCUCCAAUGAGCUUGUUAUAAAUCAGAACAAGCUGCUCCAAGCUCUGUGUAAAUCCUUGAACAGAAAAGUAUCCACCAUAGGUGUUCGAUAUCAGAAUGAUCUCUGUAAGUUCGAGUUAAAAGAGGACAGGAUCCUUCUCAGCAGACAAUUAUGCCGGAUGUUUGCAUUCAAAAGUCAUGUGGCAUUAUUCUACAGAAAGGAUGGAGAUAUCUAUUCAGUUGAAGUUGAUGAAAAUGAUAACUUUAUCAUCAAUGCUGGCAUCACAGAAGUGGAAGUCCAAACUUUCAAAAACCCACCAGGAGUCAAUCAAUCAGAAACAAAAGCAAAACGAGUCAAGGAGAUCAUGGAAACCAUUCGUAAAUCCAAGAGUCUUUCAUCUGAUGGAGACCCCAUCAAAUCGCUCACAGCAUCACAGUUAAAAGGUUCAAAAUCUUCCACCAAGGUACAAAAGGAGAAGAAGCCUUUGACUUCGAAGAUUCAGUUUGGAUGGCUACACAAGCCAGCAAAGGCCGCGAAGUUUUGUCAGAUGAAAGGUGUCUUCGGUGGUGUAAGAUCAGUGACCUUAGGCCAACACAUUUACAGAGGGUGA